AUGCGCCAUUCGCUGCGUCUUUGCUUUCACGCAUAUGUUCCAAAAGGUGCGGUGAUUAACACAAAUGGAUCCUCCGCUUCUCCAUAUUUGGCAACAGCUGUAUUCCGAGAGACAGAGGCAGCCGCCACGCGAUCAGACGUAGAAAAAGAAAAAACUGGUUUCUUUUUCUUACCACGACUUAAUUAUCCUACAAACUCUGGAAUUCCUGUUCUUAUCUCUAAACGACAAUUUGAUUUACAGUACAACGUUUUUCACCGAGAUGCGGUGGAGACGCUGAAUCGACACACUUUAGGUACACCUCUGGAAGGACACAAUCUUGAGGCGGUCAUUCGUAAGACUUCCUUUGAUGCCACGCAGGCGGUAACUCACACAGCAGCAGCUGAACAUUUUAAUUAUUGUUUUUUUUAUAAAUCGCUUCGGCCGUGGGGUACAGAUGUACCAGCACAAUUACGUGAAGCCUUCCAAAUGCAGUAUAGUCGUACAGGUUCACUGGAUGCCAUGGAGGAAGUAAAGCGGUUAAUGAAAACUGCGGUACUAUCACAUCAAGAACGUAGUGGUUGGGUGUAUUUGGUUUGGACUGGAAAAAUGUUUGAUGUUGUUGAGUUUCAACAUGGUGCAUGUCCUGUUGCUAGUGAUCUUAUCCCGUUGUUGGGGAUUAAUUUGCACGAGAGUGCCUAUCGAUUAGAUUAUGGACUCUCUGGUUUAGAACAAUAUGUGGAAAAUUAUUUUAAGAGUUGCAAUUGGCCUUUAGCAGAACGUUACUAUAUGUUGGCAACUGGGCAAGCACAAACGGAGUGA